GGCGGCUCGUUGCCAAAGUUUUGGCGACAGCAAGUGUCCAACUUCCUCUUCCAGGUGGAGGCGACUGAUCGAUAAACAAAUCGAUCACUAGCACAAGUGUACUUGCUUGUUCUUCUCAUGCUACAGCACAGGUUUCAAGAUGCCUCAGUAUUCUACAGAUUUUGUGGAUCAAACAGAAGAAGCUCAUGAGAACAUCUGUAGCACCAAUGGUCCAAAAAGUCCUGAUGUUCCAGUUCCAUGUUCGUUGAAAGAACCAACUGUGUCCAGGGGCCACUCUUCAGCCGCCAGUAGAACCAGCAUCAAUGGCAUUAAUGGAUACUUGAACCAUGGUGGCGUCUUGGUAAACGGGAACGCCAGUGAGGGUCACGUGUUGUCCACCUCUGAGCAACCAGCAACAGAACGCGACUCGCCAUUGACAACAAGGGUGAAAAACAAGAGAUGGAGCCCUGGGUGGAGGAGGAAAAACAAAAGGAGAGAGCCGCGUCACCUCCCCGACAGCGGCUUUGAGUGCACACAAUGUAUUUUAAGACACACCGAACCUGCGUGUCCCAAGAAGCCAGCAUUGCAGCCACCGGAGGAGGAAGACUGGGACAAAGAGUGCGAAGCCAAUUUGAAGAGAUUUUCAGGCCAACCUUAUGGUCCAGAAGAUUUAUUUGUGAUGGCUUUUGGGGAUUUAACGCUGGAAGAAGAAGAGAACGUGGCGCGCCCGGCUGGUUACAGUCCAGCCAUGCACCACCCACACCCGCUCCCGUUGUUGUGCUUCGGCGUCGCUACCGAGCCUGAACAGUUUUCAGAUGCUGAUGAAUUUAUCUGGAGAUUUCAACUGACUAAAAAGGACUAUCAUGGAGAAAGAGCAAGAAUUGAGGCGGACGACAAAGUGGCACAGCUCACCAGAUGAUAGAGAUGGACACAGACACAAAAAUGUGAUCACGUCAGAAUCUACUGGAAGUCUCCACGUAAGAGCAUCUAAAAUACUUGUUUACACCACGCAGUAAGUCUCCACAUAUGAAUUAAUAUGAGAGACUGUUUAGCUACCUUGGUAGUUGCUGCUGGUUCGGUUAGCAGCAGAAUGCUCAGGAGGUAAUUUCAUAUCCAUAUGCGAACAAUAGUGUCGAUGAAAUGAGAGCAUUACACUUUUGUUUUUUUCCUAAUGGGGAAAAGGGAUGAAUCUGUUUGAAGGGUAAGGCCUUCAUUUAUCUCAAGACAAAUUUUGCCAUGGCAAAUAGGGACUAUUUUAUGAAAAAUAUAAUUCUCAGAGUUGAAACAUUGCCCACUUUGAAUGUGAUCUAUGGUCAUUUACUGGCAUUAAUUACAGUAAAUUAUGCAUUUGAGAAAAAUGAAAGUGAGUCUACAACGGAAUUCAGAUUGAGCAAAUUCAGUUACAUUUUAAUAUCCUUCAUUGUACAUACUACCACAACACUUAUUGCAGGCCUAAUGUUUCUUCUUUUCAAUAAUGUAUUUUGUUUUGUUGACAAAAAGGACUAGAUUAAACAUCCAUCCAUCCAUUUACUAUUGCACUUAUUCUCAUCGCGUGUGAGCAGGAGCUGAUGCCAUCUCAAUAUGGGUGAGAGUUUGAAGCUGAUUUUGUCCUUUGACCUUUGUGUAGUUCAUUUUGUGCACAAAUAAAAUACAGUAUAUACCAGUUUUGAAUUUGAAAUGAACCGUAUUUUAUUUUUUUUUCCAAUUACGAAGGGUUCCGUGAAUGCGGGUAUGAAACCCGCGGGGGUUCAGUACCUCCAACAAGAUUAAGAACCACAGCAUGUGCUAGAAAAAGUCCAAUCUUGCACGUACAAUGAGCAUCAUGUAAUUCAGGACUCCAUGUUUGUAAGCUGUGCCACCAAUUGAUAAAAAAAAAAAAUAAUCAUAUUGCAAAUGCCAUGCACACAGCAAGCUAAGAGGUGUUUGAUGGUGUUAGCUGCUCGAAAUCCCAGAGUUAGCUGAGAGGCAGGCUAAGUGGUGUAAGUGUGUGUCAUAUGCGUGGGCAGCCUUGUGUCUGUGCGUGUGUGUGUGUGUGUGUGUGUACGCGUUUUACAAAAACGGCAGCUUGUUUGAAGCUUGCUACCGAGACUGCUAUCAAGCACUGCCGCAACGCUUCGCCUCUUAGCCCCGACUCACACGAAGGCCUGUACAGACACACACACACACACACACCAUAGCCACCCUUUCUCUGAUGCACAAAAAAUGAUUAUAGUCAUUAACGUUACCACUCCAAUUUUAGGUUCUUUAACGCGCUUGGCAGUCAGACAAGCCUUUUUGCACUAUGUGGUGGCUAAUGGUUAAAAAGUGGCUUUAGUGAGGUUGGCGAGCCAACACCGAGGUCCUGGUUCACAUGGCCUGCCCCAGAUUAUAUGAUGACACGUUCUGUGGCUCUGAUCGGAAGUACGGAACUCGCCAAAGCUAAAAAUGCAUCAGGGGAUUUUCUAUGUGACUCAAACUACCAUCUCGUUCUCAAUCGUUGUUUGUAUCCGCCACCCUCUGUCCUCCCCCCGGGCACAGUAGGGAGGGGGGUAACAAUGCCUCUUUUCCACUGCAGUGUGCCCAGGGUUUGGGUCUUCUUACACCCAAAUAAGUUGUAUUUAUAUACAAUAGUUUGAUCUGAUGAUGUUGAAAUCUUCAGUUGUUUAGAAAUGGCUCUCAACGCUUUCACAAUUCUCCUCCUAAGAUCGUAACAGAGUUCGUUUGACUUUCCACUUGUUUUGAGU